AUGUCACCACAUGUAGACCUGUUCCACCACAAACGCGUGUGGUGGAAGGAAGCAACAUUUUAUCAAAUCUACCCGGCAUCCUUCAAGGAUAGUAACGGUGAUGGUUGGGGAGACAUCCCAGGCAUACUCGAAAAGAUCACCUACAUCGCAUCUCUCGGUGUAGAUGUGGUAUGGCUAUCGCCCAUGUUCGACUCUCCUCAGAUCGAUAUGGGCUACGACGUUUCCGAUUAUGAGGGAGUAUAUGCACCGUACGGUACUGUGCAAGACGUAGAGAAGCUCAUCAAAGCUUGUCACGACAACCACAUGAAAAUCAUCCUUGACCUGGUUGUAAACCAUACAAGUGACCAGCACGCUUGGUUCAAGGAAAGCCGGAGUUCGAAAGAUAACCCGAAAAGAGACUGGUACUUUUGGCAACCAGCGCGCUACGAUACUCAAGGCAACCGGAUACCGCCUACCAACUACCGUUCAUAUUUCGCGGGUGGAACCUGGACAUGGGAUGAGCACACAGAAGAGUACUAUCUCCACCUAUACGACAAAUCUCAACCAGAUCUAAAUUGGGAAAACGAAGACUGUCGGAAAGCGAUAUACGAUUCAGCAAUGCGCUUCUGGCUCGACAAAGGCAUCGAUGGUUUCCGAGUAGACACCGUGAACAAGUACUCCAAAAUCCUUCCCUUCACCGACGCGCCCAUCACCGAUCCUACCAGUGCCAUCCAACCUGCCGCCCAAAUGUGGUGCAACGGCCCACGGAUCCACGAAUUCAUCAAAGAAAUGAACCACGACGUCCUAUCCCACUACCGCACCUACGACGGCCAGCCUGUGGUAACAGUCGGCGAGCUAUCAAUGUGUCCAGAUCCUGAUUCCGUCAUCCCAUACGUCAGCGCGACGCAAAAGGAGCUAGAUAUGGUAUUCCAGUUCGACAUCACACAUCUAGGCCAAGGCCCACCGGGCUGCAACGACAAGUACGAUUUCGCCAAAUGGGAAUUACCGGAUAUGAAACACAUAGUGGAGAAAUGGCAGUGCUUCAUCGAAGGAACAGAUGCAUGGACAACUGUCUUCAACGAGAACCACGAUAACGGUCGCAGUAUAUCGCGCUUCGCCAAUGACUCUCCGGAGUGGCGGGUUCAAAGCGGUAAACUCCUUGCUUUGUGGUUGAUUGGUCAGACUGGCUCAUUGUUCUUGUACCAGGGGCAAGAAAUUGGCAUGAUCAAUGCGCCGGCGUCUUGGGAUGUGAGCGAAGAGUACAAGGAUGUUGAAAGCCAGAACUACUGGGCUGAAGCAGUGAGGUUGGCGAACAACGGAACGGAUCCUACGCGUAAAGAGAGGAUUAAACGGGGGUUGCAGCUCAUGGCUAGAGACCAUGCGAGACUACCUUUGCAGUGGGAUGGUAGUGUGAAUAGCGGAUUUUCGACUGGCGAACCGUGGAUGAGGGUACAUGAUGAGUAUUCUAGUAUCAAUGUUGCGGCGCAGGAGAAGGAUGUCGAUAGUGUGCUUUCGUUCUAUAAGCGCGUGCUUAGGCUGAGGAAGGAGCAUAAGGAUGUUUUCGUAUAUGGAUCGUUUGAGCUGUUGGAUCCGGAUGGGUUGGAGAUAUUUGUUUAUAGGAAGAGGUUUCAGGGGAAGACGGCGCUUGUGGCACUGAACUUUACGACGGAGGAACAGCAGAUGGAGUACGAUGUCGAGGGCAUGAGGCUGUUGGUGAGCUCGUAUGGGAAGGCGAUGGGGUCUGUGCUACGACCGCUUGAGGGAAGGAUCUAUAUCGAUUACUGA